AUGAAAUGUAUCGGUUACGCUAUGUUGGCCAUGCUGGCCUUCGGAGUCACCAACUACCUUAUUGGGUACGCUACGAGCAGUUUGGAAGGUUCAGUCGAGACAUUCUAUGCAGUUGGCGCCGAAUGGAAAAUGAUGGUCAUCUUGUGGCUCUCUGGAGGUGUUCCCG